UAAAUAAUCUAAAGGAUAAAAUAGUGAAAACAAUCAUUUUUUUAUAUAUAUACAAUGGAGAGGUAAAAGUAAUAUUUUGAAUUAGUAAAAAUGAACGCUUAAAAUACACUCCUAAGUAACACACUGUUUAGAAAGUACUAGUUUAGUCAAUAAAUUUGAGAUCUUGAUUCAAUAAUUAAAUGGCAGAAUCUUCUCAUAAAUACCUUCCUCAGUUGUUCCUAUGCAAUUAUUAUUCUAACUUAACCUAAAAAAAAUAUUUUAUUAAGAAUCGAUGGAACACAAUUAAUUAAUCUUGUCUCCUUGACUAUAAAUUGAGAUCAAGCUCUUCCUAUAAAUUUUGUUUAAACAAUCCAAAGAAAACACUAAUAACAUAAUUGUGAAUGGAUUGCUGGUCUACUGAAAAUGCUACCAAUGCUUUUCUCACAACUCUCAAAAUGGGUGAAAGAGGAAAAGCACCUGAUGUAACGGAGUUUAUAUCAGCUAUGGCGGGUGGAAAUAAUUCACAACUCAUGGUAAUGGCAUGUACCGGCCACCCUGGAUCCGCGCUACUAGGGUUAGUAGCAGCGGCUCAUCAAACGGGUGGCCGGGUAGUGUGUAUAUUACGUAGCGAGGAAGAAAUGCAUGCAAUAAAAGAAACAUUAAUAUUGGAAGACUAUGCAAAAAUUGUUGAAUUUGUGAUUGGUGAUGAUGUUAAAAAAUUAUUGGCUAGUAACUAUGAAGGAGCUGAUUUUGUACUAAUUGAUUGCAAAUUGGAGGAUUUUCAACAAGUGUUUGAAGCAGCACAACAAGGUGUUAGUGUUAAAAGUGCAUUUAUUGUAGGGUACAAUGCCCUGCAUGAAAGACAUAAGUUAAGUUUUGAUCACAAAGGUUAUUUUCUACCAAUUGGAGAAGGGUUAUUAGUUAGUAAAAUUAGGGUUUUAGAAGGUAAAAAUAUUGGUGUUGGAAGGAGGAGUCAUUGGGUUGUUGAAGUUGAUGAAUGCACUGGGGAACAACAUCUUUACAGGGUCAGCACUUCUCCAAAUACAAAUUAAAGUACUAUAAUAUGGUUGUUCGAGUCAGUUGGUUUUGUUCACGCUUCGAUUAUCUCACAAGAUAUUUUUGCAUUAUUACUUUAGGUGGAAUUUAUAUGUACCUUGUACGUCUCACUUCGUUGACCGGUAGCCUUUGUUGUAAAUAUACAUUUAAUUUUCAA